GUAGCUGCUUCCCUUUCCCAGGCAGAGGGAAAAAUCACCUCUGCAUCAGGACAUCAGCUACAGCAGCUGGUAAAACCUGUAGUUUCCUGCUGAUGACCUGGAUUAGAGCUGUAACUUCAGCCAGCAAUGCCAGGAUCUCCUUUGAGUCCAGCUGACCUGGGUCUCUUUUACGACACCCAAUUGCUCCUCCCAGAAGCUGUUUAUACCUUUUAUUUGCCCUGGAUGGUGUUUCUCUCUUUGGUGUAUCCUGCUGUUGUCCCGGAGUUUCUCGGAGCAGAUGUGGGGCUCCUCAGCAGCUGGAGCAGACCUUAGCCUGGCUGCCAGCCAGGAAUUCCCAACAUGUGGCAUACAGGGCACCAAGUGUCCUUGCUGGUGUCUGGUGAUAGAAAUCUGCUCCUCCGUCCCCCCCUCUGCCGUGCUCCUCCAGGUUUCCAUGGGCACCAUGAGGCACCGAAGGAAUGGCAAUUUCGAGAAUUCCAGGCUCCUGUAUUCCAGCAUGUCCCGCAGCAUAGACGUGGCCUGCAGCGAUGCCGAUUUGGCCAACUUCAUCCAAGAAAACUUUAAGAAGAGAGAAUGUGUCUUUUUUACAAAAGACUCCAAGUCAAUGGGAAACUUAUGUAAAUGUGGAUACCCUGAAAACCAACACAUAGAGGGCACUCAGGUUAACACCAGUGAGAAAUGGAACUACAAGAAGCACACAAAGGAGCUUCCUACCGAUGCCUUUGGGGACAUUCAGUUUGAAAACUUGGGAAAAAGAGGCAAGUACAUCCGCCUGUCGUGCGACACAGACUCUGAAACACUCUACGACCUCAUGACCCAGCACUGGCACCUGAAAACCCCAAACCUCGUCAUCUCUGUCACUGGGGGAGCCAAGAACUUCGCACUCAAGCCCCGGAUGCGCAAGAUAUUCAGCAGGUUGAUCUACAUCGCCCAGUCCAAGGGGGCCUGGAUUUUCACCGGUGGCACUCACUACGGGCUGAUGAAGUACAUUGGGGAGGUGGUCAGAGACAACACCAUCAGUCGCAGCUCAGAGGAGAACGUGGUGGCCAUUGGCAUAGCGGCCUGGGGCAUGAUUUCCAACCGGGACACCCUCAUCCGCGCCGCCGACAGCGACGGGAACUACUUGGCCCACUACAUCAUGGAUGACCUCAAGAGAGACCCGCUGUAUUGCCUGGAUAACAACCACACCCAUCUCCUGCUGGUGGACAACGGCACCCACGGGCACCCGACCACAGAGGCCAAAGUACGGACCCAGCUGGAAAAGUACAUUUCGGAGCGGGUUAUCCCAGAAUCUAAUUAUGGUGGGAAGAUUCCAAUUGUGUGUUUUGCCCAAGGUGGAGGGAAAGAGACUUUGAAAUCCAUCAACGUGGCCAUCAAGAGUAAGAUUCCCUGUGUGGUGGUGGAAGGCUCUGGCCGGAUCGCCGAUGUCAUUGCGAGCUUGGUGGAGGCAGAAGGCACUCCUGCUUCCUCCUGUGUCAAGGAGAGCUUGCUCAGGUUCCUGCCCCGCACCAUCUCCAGGCUCUCGGAAGAGGAGACUGAAAGCUGGAUCAAGUGGAUCAAAGAAGUCCUUGAGAACCCUCAUUUACUGACAGUGAUCAAAAUAGAAGAAGCUGGAGAUGAAAUUGUGAGCAAUGCCAUUUCCUUUGCUCUGUACAAAGCUUUCAGCACCAACGAACACGACAGGGAUAACUGGAAUGGGCAGCUGAAGCUGCUGCUGGAGUGGAACCAGCUGGACCUGGCCAGCGAUGAGAUCUUCACCAAUGACCGGAACUGGGAGUCUGCUGACCUACAGGACGUGAUGUUCACAGCCCUAGUGAAGGACAGGCCCAAAUUUGUGCGGCUGUUCCUGGAAAACGGCUUGAAUCUGCGGAAGUUCCUCACCACAGAGGUCCUGAGAGAGCUGUACACCAACAACUUCAGCAGCCUGGUGUUCAAGAACCUGCAGAUCGCCAAGAACUCCUACAACGAUGCCCUCCUCACCUUCGUGUGGAAGAUGGUUGAGGACUUCCGAAGAGGGGUCAAGAGGGAUUACAAAAACAGCAAGGAUGAGAUGGAGAUACACCUCUCGGAGGAGUGUCCUAUCACAAGGCACCCACUACAAGCUCUGUUUAUUUGGUCAGUCCUUCAGAACAAGAAAGAGUUGUCUAAAGUCAUUUGGGAGCAAACCAGAGGCUGCACUUUGGCAGCCCUUGGGGCCAGCAAGCUCCUGAAAAGCUUGGCCAAGGUGAAGAAUGAUAUAAAUGCUGCUGGUGAGUCUGAGGAACUCGCUAAUGAGUAUGAGACAAGAGCAGUGGAGCUGUUCACCGAGUGCUACAGCAGCGACGAAGAUCUGGCUGAGCAGCUGCUGACUUAUUCCUGUGAAGCCUGGGGAGAGAGUAACUGUCUGGAACUGGCAGUGGAAGCCAGAGACCAGCAGUUCAUUGCCCAGCCAGGUGUGCAGAAUUUCCUUUCCAAGCAGUGGUAUGGAGAGAUUUCAAGAGACACUAAGAACUGGAAGAUCAUACUGUGCCUGUUCUUUUUUCCUUUAAUAGGCUGUGGUUUCAUCUCAUUCAGAAAAAAGCCUGUGGAGAGGAGUAAGAAACUCUUCUUGUAUUACGUGUCUUUCUUCACCUCCCCCUUCGUGGUCUUCUCCUGGAAUGUCAUCUUCUACAUCGCUUUCCUGUUGCUCUUCGCCUACGUGUUGCUUAUGGAUUUCCAGAAGGAACCCACUGCCCUGGAGAUCAUCCUUUACGUGCUGGUCUUCAUUCUGCUUUGUGAUGAAGUGAGACAAUGGUACAUGAAUGGCAGUAAGUAUUUCUCAGAUCUGUGGAAUGUUAUGGAUACACUGGCAAUCUUCUACUUCAUAGCAGGGAUUGUGUUCAGGCUUCACUCUGAUGAAAGCUCUUGGUAUUCCGGGAGAGUCAUUUUCUGUUUGGACUACAUAGUUUUUACUCUGAGGCUGAUCCAUAUUUUCACAGUUAGCAGGAAUCUAGGACCCAAAAUUAUUAUGCUGCAGAGGAUGAUGAUAGACGUCUUCUUCUUCCUCUUCCUCUUUGCUGUGUGGAUGGUGGCCUUUGGAGUGGCCAGGCAAGGCAUCCUGAGGAAGAACGAGCACCGCUGGGAGUGGAUCUUCCGAUCGGUCAUCUACGAGCCCUACCUGGCCAUGUUUGGCCAGUACCCUGAUGAUGUGGAUGGUACCACCUACAACUUUGACCGCUGCACCUUUUCUGGGAAUGAGUCCAAGCCUCUGUGUGUGGAGCUGGAUGCCAACAACCAGCCCCGCUUUCCCGAGUGGAUCACCAUUCCCCUUGUCUGCAUUUACAUGCUCUCAACCAACAUCCUCCUCGUGAACCUGCUCGUGGCCAUGUUCGGUUACACAGUUGGAUCAGUGCAAGAGAACAACGACCAGGUGUGGAAGUUCCAGCGUUACUUCCUGGUCCAGGAAUACUGCAGUCGCCUGACUAUCCCCUUCCCUUUCGUCAUCUUUGCCUACAUGUUCAUGGUGAUGAGGAAAUGUUUCAAGUGCUGCUGUAAGAAGGAAAGCAAAGAGCCAUCCAUUUGUUGCUCAAGAAAUGAGGACAAUGAAAUUCUGGCAUGGGAAGCUGUCAUGAAGGAGAAUUACCUUGUCAAAAUCAAUACCAAAGCAAAUGAUUCAUCAGAAGAGAUGGUGCAUCGAUUUAGACAACUGGAUGCAAAGCUCUCUGAUUUGAAAGGCCUUCUGAAAGAGAUUUCUAGCAAAAUCAAAUGAAUGCAGCUGAAAUCCAAGAGCAGCUACCUGAGCAGAGUACCAGUUCCCGAAGAGUGAUUUCUCUGAGCUGGCAGUAACCACCAAGCAGGAGGGAACUGCUCCACCAGAGCGGCAGUGUCUCGGCAGGAGUCACUACGAUUUUCUUGCUAUUUUUACUUUUUUUGACAAAACAGCCCUCUGUGCUUGUUGCAAGGUGAUGGUAAAGCAUGGGAUGACUGUUUAUGUACUUGCAGGACUCCCAUGUUACCCAAACUCUCCUUUUUCUCAUCUUCUCCCAAGUCCGGUGGCAGCAAUUAGUCCUUGUCAGCUGCUGUUACAAAGCACUCCUAAUUCCGAGAGUUCUGCUGCUGUUGCCAAAAUGACUUUGCUUUUCCAUUUCACUCAGAGGGGCCUGUUCUUGGUUUUUUUUUUAACCACUAAUUGCUUGUCAUAAGGAAUCAAUGUCCCUUCCCAUUCCUCUGUGUCAC